AUGGGGGGGCUCAAAGUAAGAAGCAACAGCAAAAUAAGGGUUGUGGGUGGUAUUUUGAAGUUGAAGGGUGUGUUGGAAAAGCUUCAAAAGAGUGUCUUAUUGCGGAGACAUAAAUCAAGUUCCUAUGGUGGAGAUUAUGAAGAAUUAGGAGAUGACAGAAGGUGCGUGGCAGAGGAUGUGAAAGAAGGACAUUUUGUUGUGAUUGCAAAAGAUCUUGUGGAGGAGGCAAAGAGAUUGGUGGUUCCAUUGAGCUGUUUAAACAAUCCAACAUUCUUGAAGCUAUUGGAGGAAGCAGAAGAAGAGUAUGGAUUUGAUCAACAUGGUGCACUAACCAUUCCUUGCAGGCCUUGUGAACUGGAGAUGCUGUUGGCUCAGCAAUGGAAAGAAAGAGAGGGAUCCUGA